AUGAGUGCCCACCAAACUGGAGCACAUAUCCAUGGCGCUCCCGGAAGCAUAGGAACGGGGAGCUACUACCCCACGAAGGCAAAAGGCAACAGAAUUCUAGUCGAAUCCUUAAAAAAUCCAAACACAACAUAUGAGACGUUGGAGCAAAACAUAGUGGAUAAGAUAGAAAAUAUUUACGAGCAGCAGAGACGAAACAUAGUAUCAAAAAUAAUGGCAUUUAUAAAAAAAAUCGAUCUAAUUUUGGAAAAAGAAAUUAUAAGGACGUUAAAAUAUAUCAAUGAUGAGAAGAAUGAGCCCAUGGAAAGUGGUUUAAAUUUUUACGAAAAAAUAAAGAAAUUCUUUUCCGGAUUGAAGAUUUUUUCAACCCCUGUGUUGGGUACUCUUGCCGCUGCCACUUUUUACUAUUUUAAAGCCAAAGCUGUCACCACAGUGAUUAGUUUGAGCAUAGCCUUUUUGCCCUUCAUAUCUACGUGCUACUUGAUGUAUAAAAUAUUAAAAAUACGUAGUGAGAUGUCGAUUUCAAGCACUUAG